ACUGCUCGCAAAACUCUCCAUACCUUCACCCGUCCCCCGCGCCCCCUCCUCCGGGUUCUUCCUGCGGGUAGAUUCCCCUUCUCACAUGGCGAGGGCGUGGGCCUCCGUUUGGCCGACCGUGAAGCGCUGCAUCACCGGCGGCCUCAUCGGCCUUUUCGUCGCGGAUCGGUACGCCUCCCUGGCCAGCGUGCACGGCGCAUCCAUGCACCCCACCUUCGACCCCAAUCCGGCCGAAUUCGCGCUGGUGGAGAAGCUCUGCCUCGGCCGCUACGACUUCUCCCGUGGCGACGUCGUCGUCUUCCGGUCGCUGACGGACCACCGGGAUCUGGUGGUGAAGCGGUUGAUUGCGCUGCCCGGCGAUUGGAUCCAGGUCCCGGAGAAGCAGGAGAUCCGGCAGAUCCCGGAGGGCCACUGCUGGGUGGAAGGGGACAAUGCCACCGUCAGCUGGGACUCCAGAGGCUAUGGUCCUGUUCCUCUGGGUCUGAUGCAGGGGAGGGUCACACACAUAGUCUGGCCACCCAAUAGAUUUAGUCGAGUCGACAGAAAGAUGCCAGAAGGAAGGAUUAUGCCACGGCAAUGACCUCUUCUUUGGUCUCCUGUUAUGCUGGUUAUCCAGCACUUCAUUCCCAUACUAGGGUAGAACACCAUUAGUAAUGACAGAAGCCUCAAGAUGUACCGAAGUGCCUUAGGCAGUGAAGUAAAGGAUGUGAUACUGUCGGUGUUGGUGAGAAUUUUAUCCCUGAUAGCACUGUUAGAAUCCAUUGUAGGAAUUCGUGGCGCCAUGCAGCCAUGGUGAGGAGCUUUGAUUGUUGCAAGCAUUUAAGAUGUAUAAUGCAAUACUGAAAUAUCUCCAUUCCUUCAAGAGCAAAAAAUAUUAACAUCUAA